UCCCUUCUUCCCCGUCCACCAGGAUAUCAGUAUAGAUGAGAAUACUAUGAUCCCUUCCCUCCCUUCCACUCCAACUCCGCUCCGCUCCACUUCACUUGGCGCACGCGUACAAGACAGCCCCGCGCCGCACUAACGCUCCCACCCCCAAUCACCGCCGCAGUGGACGGGGCCAUCAUCUUGGAAUGACCACGCCGGCACUGCUGCGCUGCAUUCUUUGAUUGGUGAGCCUGCCGCGCUCUGUCUGUCUCUGCGUGCUCGGUCUUCGCGCGCGUGCGCCAAGAAGAGGCCCGAGCAGCAGCAAUGGCAGCCGGGAGGAGGCUCUCCGAGUUGCUCCUGGACCACCAGGAGCCGUUCCUCCUCGAGGCCGCCAAGACCAGGAGGCUGCGCCGCGGCCGCACCAGCGCUCCUGGAGGAGCAGCUUGCUGCCCCGUGGCCGCGUGCCGCCGGCUGCUCAAGCUCUGCAGCUUCAAGAAGCGGGGCGUCGGCAUUGCCGGCCUGCGGACCGCGCUGAGGAGGGUGCUGCGCUGGGAGAGCCUCGGCGCCGGCGGGUGCUUCCUCCCCGUCGGCGGCGGCGACGGCGAGUUCCGCCGGCUGCGGCGGCGAUCCGCGGGCGACAGCGGCGAGUGCGACGCCCGCGCCAUGGAGUUCGGCGACGACGACGACGACGAGCACGCGAGGGCGAGGUGGAAGGCGGACAUGGAGAUGGAGGUGGACUGCUCGCGGCAGCUCAGCCCCGUCUCCGUCCUCGAGCUGCAUUCCGACGUCGACGAGUCUCCGGCGCAUUCCAUCUGGGAGGACGAGAAGCCGUCAACCUCCGGGAGCUCACCCUCAGCUCCAUCAGAACCCUUCCACGGCCCGACCUCGCCAUGCUUCACCUACGACAUUGUCGACGACAAGGCCCACGCGAUGGAGACGACAGAGGAAGAGGAGGACGAAGAGGCGGUCAGAAACCACCGCAGGUCCAUCGAGGAGCAGAUCUCCGCGUGGGAGAGGAUCGCCGGGGACAUCGCCAAGAUCCCCGGCAUGGUGGAGCUAGACCUGGCGCAGUACAUGCAUCAGUGGCGGCCUGAGGUCAGGGAGAUCGGCGCCAGGAUUGAGACCCUCAUCUUCGACGACAUGAGGAGGGAGACCGUCUGUGACAUGCUCGCCUCACGCUGUACAUUGGCACCAACAUCUUGUUGACCAUCAGACACAGAGAGAACGAGAGAGAGUGAGGAGUGAGAGUGAUUAAAAAAGUACAGUAGAGGAUUCGUGUAAUUUGAGGCUUAAUGUGGAAAUCGUUUUCCCCAACUCCAAAGUCUUGGUCUGUUCUCCA